AUGAUUUGUAGCAGACUCAAAUUGUUUCUUGGUCAUAUCAUUAGUCCUUCUCAAGGUGCCUUUGUGGAGGGGCGCAACAUUAUGCACAAUAUUCUACUAUGCCAGGAUAUUGUGAAGCAACAUGGUCGGAAACACUACCCUCCUAGUAUUUUGUUGAAGAUUGACUUGAGGAAGGCAUAUGAUACUUUGGAGUGGGAUUUUAUUAAAGAUAUGCUAAUCUCUCUUAAUUUUCCUUCCCACAUCAUUAAUAUUGUUAUGACUUGUAUUAGCACAGCCCAAUUCUCUUUUAUUCUAAAUGGAAGCCCCAUGCCUUUGUUUAAAUCAAAGAGAGGAAUUAGACAAGGAGAUCCAAUGUCCCCUUUGAUUUUUGUGAUUUGUAUGGAGUAUCUUUCUAGAUUACUUAAGGUUGCUAGGGAUCAUGUGAACUUCAGAUUUCACCCAAGGUGCAAUAGAUUCAAACUGAACCAUCUGUGCUUUGCGGAUGAUUUAAUGAUAUUUUUUCGGGGUGACUUUGCUUCUGUUAGAAUUCUUUUAGAUAAAUUAGAGUUUUUUGCGAAGUCCUCUGGUUUGGUUGCCAACUCUUCAAAAUCUGAUAUGUAUCUUGCAGGGGUUUCGCUUGCUUCCAAACGUAUUUUUGCAGUUGAGUGUGAACAUCUUGUUGUGAGAAUGACUUCUAAGAUUAGAUCUUGGCAAGUCCGGAAUCUCUCUUAUGCAGCUAGACUACAACUUGUUUCUACUGUUUUAAUGAAUAUUACAAACUUUUGGUGUCAAAUCCUUGUGUUGCCUAAGAAGAUGCUAAAGCAGGUGAAUGCAAUCUGUAGAGCAUAUCUAUGGCAUCGGAAAGCUGAUUCUAAUGCCCCUGAAAAUAUGAAUUGGGCUAGGGUCUGUACUCCAAAGAUGUUGGGUGGUCUGGGUAUUCGUAAUCUGAAAGUGUGGAAUCUGGUUACAGUGGGUAAACAUGUAUGGCAUAUAUCUUCUAUAAGUGAUUCCAUGUGGGUCAGAUGGGUUAAAGAUAGGCUGGGUCAAUGGGUGCAUAAUGCAUAUUACACUAUCAAAGAAGUCUAUCUUGAGCUUUUAGGGGCUAGGCAGCCAGUCGACUGGGCGGGUUUUGUAUGGAAUAGAAGUUCCAUUCCCAAAGCUCGAUUCAUGUUAUGGCUAGCUGUGAAUGAGAGAUUGAAGUCUACAGACAAGUUGGCUGCAUUAGGGCUCAUCUCUACUGACAUUUGUCCAUUAUGUGGAUUGUUAGUGAUUCCCUUGCUGAGUUUGCAUCUCGGAAGUAGAAGUGUGCUACAGCUAAGAGGAAGAUUGCUACUAUUGCACUAUGCAGUUUUACGUAUGAGAUCUGGUGUGCUCGGAAUGAUUCGGUCUAGAAUUUCAAAAUGCCUAUGUUAUUUACUUUUGUCUGCUUCUGAAGUUCUGUUUUCCUUUAUGCACAUGAAGAGUGAAAGUUGGGAAACCCUUCCUAUAAGGGGUGUCUCUCUUUCAUGCUGA